AUGGCAAAAGAAAGUAAUAAGAACGGAAAGCCAAAGAAUGAAGUGAAAGUGGUGGUUGUUGGUGAUGCUGCUGUGGGUAAAACUAGCCUUCUUUCAGUGUUGAUGGGAGGAUCCGUAGAUCUGAACCAUGUCGAACAGAUGGAACCGUUUGAUUCAAUCAUCAGCCCAGAGAAUGUUAAGGGAAUUAAGGCAUUGGAAGGCAAAAAACUUCCUGACCAUCUUCACAUCCGAUAUUACGAUACAAGAGGACGAAGAGAUGAGGACAAUUUUAGAUGGUUGUAUUAUCCUCAGACCAAUUUGUUCGUGAUUUGUUGUUCUCUCUCAUCAAAAGAAAGCAUUGAAAACGUAGAAAAUAGAUGGUUUGAAGUCAUUCGAUACAAGUACAAGAUGAUACCGUUUGCAUCGUUCAUUGUUGUUGGUUUAAAGUGUGAUGAUCCCAAUGCAGAAAAGGAUGCCCGAAAAGUUUUCAAAACUGUGACUUACUCUCCAGGAUUCGGAGGCUAUGUACAAUGUAGCAGUCUUACACAACAAGGAAUCAUGGAAUUGAAAGAACUCAUCAUUCAGGUGGGUGUAGAAAAUCUGUUGGAACGAAACAAAAAAGAAGGAUGUUGUUUGAUGCAAUAA